UUUUCACAGAACAGUGAAGAAAAAUGAGCUCCACAGAAGACCACGAAUAUCCUCAUAUCCUAAUUCAGUACCAGAAUGGAUUUUUAAUAUCAAAGGUUCUGUUCGCUGCCUGUGAUUUGGGAGUGUUUGAUCUAUUGAGAGACUCCGAAGAGAUCUUGUCCUCAAAGGCCAUUGCAGAACGUCUGGGCAGCAGCCCCCAGGGAAUGGAGAGACUACUGGAUGCCUGUGUGGGUUUAAAGCUCCUGAGAGUAGAGCUGAAAAAGGAAGGAGUUUUUUAUGGAAACACAGAAAUAUCCAAUCUCUAUCUCACAAAAUCAAGUCCAAAAUCUCAGUAUCAUAAUCUGAUGUACUACUCCAAAACCAUCUACCUGUGCUGGCACUACUUGACAGAUGCUGUAAGGGAGGGAGAAAACCAAUAUGAGAAAGCAUUUGGUAUAUCAUCAAAGGAUGUCUUUGAAGCUCUUUACAGAUCGGAGGAGGAAAUGAUAAAAUUCAUGUAUGGAUUGAAUGCAGUUUGGCGCAUAUGUGGCAGAGAUGUGAUAGCUGCUUUCGAUCUUUCCCCAUUUACUGUGAUUUAUGAUCUUGGAGGAGGAGCUGGUGCUUUGGCCCAGGAAUGUGUUUCACUGUAUCCCAAUUGUACAGUUACCAUUUUUGAUUUACCUAAAGUAGUACAAACAGCAAAGAAGCAUUUUGUGUCUUCAGAGGAACGCCGGAUCACUUUUUAUGAAGGGGAUUUUUUUAAAGAUGCAUUUCCAGAAGCUGACCUGUAUAUAUUAGCAAGGAUACUCCAUGACUGGGCAGAUGAGAAAUGUGUGCAGCUUCUCACAAAAGUGCAGAAAGCCUGCAAAACUGGUGGUGGUGUUUUACUAGUUGAGACACUUCUAAACGAAGACAAAAGUGGGCCGCUGGAAAGCCAACUCUAUUCCCUGAAUAUGCUGGUUCAGACUGAAGGGAAAGAACGGACCCCAACAGAGUACAGCGAACUCCUCACAACAGCCGGCUUCAAGACUGUUGAAAUCAAGAAAACUGGAAAACUCUAUGAUGCCAUUUUAGGAAGAAAAUAA